CCUUGCUUAGCCUUCAGGUUCCGUCCAGGUAUUCUGAACAUUCAUAAACGCUUCACUUUCAAUGCUUUUUCACCAAAUUGUGGUCUUCAAUGCAAGCGGAUCUAUUAGCACAUUGAAUACGGGAGAGGGCAAGACUCCGAGCUGAGCCAGUGAAGCUGAGAGCUGGAGGUUUCUGAAAGCACGAUUCGGGAGUGAGGAGGGUGCCAACGAGAGAUUGCAGAGACAUCGACAUCAGCAAGCAUAAGCAUGGUGGAUUCAAACAUGGACCAUUUGGCCUUUAUAGUCCACUGGUUGGAUGUCCAGGCUGGAGUGACCUGGAAGUACCAGCUGACAUACCAUGCCAGUGACAAAAGCCUAGAAAUGUACGACAUUAAGAACCGGCGCACCUUCCUCAAGCGCACAGAGUAUCCGUCGGUGAAGCCAGAACACCUGUACAUCGGAUCUAUAAUCACAGUGUACUCUAGGCAAUUGCAUCUUAUGGACUAUGCCGACGAGCACACUCGCAAGAAGCUGGACCAGAAACGAGAAACGACUCUGGCGAUGAUUAAGCCAGACGCAAUUGAGCACAUUGGGAAGAUCCUGAACGCCAUCUACGGCAGCGGUUUUCUGAUCAAACGGAUGAAGAUGUGCCACCUGUCGCUCACGGAGGCACAGCAGUUCUACGCAGUGCACCAAGCACGGCCGUUCUUCAGAACUUUGACGGAGUUCAUGUCAUCAGGGCGGGUGUUCGCAAUGGAGCUCGUGACAGAAAACGCGAUCGCCAAGUGGCGCAAGCUCAUAGGUCCUACAAACUCAGAUACGGCCCGGGCGGAAGACCCCGACUCGCUGCGCGCCAACUUCGGUACGGACAACACCAUGAACGCUUGCCACGGUUCGGACGCCCCAGAGACGGCGAAGCAGGAGGUCAGCUUCUUCUUCGACCGGGCGGACGUUGGCCGAUGCGCGCAGCUCCGAGACUGCAGCCUGGCCAUCGUCAAACCGCACGCAGUCACCGCGGGGCACGCGGGCGCCAUCAUCGACCAGAUCGCGGCGCACUUUGAGAUCACUGCGCUGCAGCAGCACAUUCUCGACCAGGCCAACGCGGUGGAGUUCCUAGAGGUGUACAAGGGCGUCGUACCGGAAUACAACGGACUCGUCGACGAGCUCAAGUCGGGGCCCCUCAUCGCCCUGGAGGUGACGUCACGGGACGGUUCGCCUGACGUGGUCCAGGAGUUGCGGGAAUUCUGCGGGCCCGCAGAUCCGGAGAUCGGGAAGGUGCUCCGGCCGCAGUCGCUCAGAGCGCAGUUUGGGAUCGACAAGGUCAAGAACGCGGUCCAUUGCACGGACCUCCCAGAAGACGGGCCACUGGAGUCCAACUUCUUCUUUGACAUCUUGCUGAGUUAAUUUAAAGGCCACACAAUGGCGUAUUUAUGAGCCAGUCCUGACGGACGCACGAGGGAGAGAGCUUCGACGUUUGGAGUAGCUCUUUAAACUUUGAUCCUGCGCGCCUUCUAAUUAUUACGCCUAAAGGUGAAGGAUGAAAAAGAAAGUAGCCGAGCGGCAGAUACCGCUGACCCGUUCAUCUUCAUGAGGGACCGUCUUAAUCUGCACAAAACGACAUCUUUCUCAACCGCAUG